CUUAAGACACAAUGCCUUCUUCCCAUUGGUUGUUCACCUUCAGUUGCUAUUCUUUCCAAUCUGGGGUAAGGCUGCAUUUAUCCCGCAUACCGUUCUAAUUAACCAUUCUUAUUUCCAUACCCUUCUUGCAUUUUUCACCUUAUUUAAAUUAGGCUUUCACUUUAGCAGGAGCGUCAAUUCCAGGCAUACACUACCAGCGCCAUUUACGCCUCCACUCAUUUGCCCCACCCGUAUAGCCCCUAUUACCACCGGUCCCGUAAGACAGGUAGCUGGGAGUUUUCGACACCGGGAGGGCUACCAACUACCAUCUAACCCUAAAACCUAACUAUACCCCUAACCCUAACCCCAACAUCAUCAGGUGGGGCUACAUAACCAUAUCUUGCCAAAAAAGUCCUAAAAGAAGGCUGCAUACGAGGUCUACUGCGAGUUGAUGGGAAACAUGUCCUCAGUCGAGUAGCUCUUCAAAAGAAGGUCAAGAGGCACACAUCGGUUGAUAUUUAGUUGCAGUGGUGAGGCGCCCCUUCUGGCGAAGGAAAGUUGAGUGGACAGGGCAACGUCAAGGUGUGGGUUGAGUAAAAACUAGGCAAAAAACUUUGAGCGGAGUGCUUACUGAUAACCAGUGGGAGCAAAUACAAAGCAGCCGCUCAAAUGUAACACUUUUCCCCAUUUCAGUUCAUACGAGAGUAACAUGUGAUUAAAAGGCCUCCGAUAUCCUGUUAGCCUCUUGCUGAGAACGUGAGCAUCCAGCUUACACGUAAGUGACUAAUCAAAAUCAACCAGAUUUCGGUUUUAGGAGAAAAGAUGAACGGUUGCGGGUGAUAAUAUGCACACACACAACAUAUGGCCUUACCAAUGAAAUAGGGUUAUCUAGUUGAGUAAUCAAGGGGACGGCGAAACGAGCAAAUAUUUGAGGUUUGACCGAGAGGAUAGACGCAAAGUAACAUGUAAUGAAGGAUUUUCUAGGAAGGUGCUGUAUGGCAACUUUGCAAAACUCUCCAAGGCUAGAUGACAGUGCAAAGUGGUGGGCAAAGAAGCCACCAAUUUCAACAAAAAGAAUUAGCAGGGUUUAAAGCAGGCCUUUUAACUAAACCGGUCCUCAUUAAGCUAUAUACACGGGCUUGACUUUCCAAAAUAGAUCAAGAGAGAGAGAGGGUUUCGGCCUAUCAGUGAGAGUAAAAAGAGACAUAUGGACUCAGUAAUUAAUUCUUUAGCCAGCACGACCGAUUUGCGGGCUUUCAGUGGCACCCGCUGAUAAAGAAUUUACAAGGACUACUACUACUACUACUACUACUACUACUACUACUACUACCACCACUACUACUACUACUACUACUACCACUACUACUACUACUACUACUACUACUACUACUACUACUACUACUACUACCACUACUACUACUACUACUACUACUACUACUACUACUACUACUACUACCACUACUACUACUGCUACUACUACUACUACUAG